UUUCCUAAUUAAUUCAUACAACUCUUCUCUUUCCUUAAAUCCCAUCUCACUUAAGAAGAAUGGGACAUGAAUUCUUCACAUUCACAUACAUUUUUCUACUUUUCAUUUUAUGGUUCCGACCGUCGUCCUGUAUUGAUGCAGGAUGUGAUUUCUUUCGAGGUAGUUGGGUAUACGACGACUCGUACCCUUUAUAUAACGCUUCCAUGUGCUCGUUUAUCGAGAAACAGUUUGAUUGUCUCGGGAAUGGAAGGCCUGAUGACGUCUACCUCAAGUACAGAUGGAAGCCCAGCGGAUGUGAACUGCCCAAGUUUAACGGGCAAGAUUUGUUGAGGAGGUAUCAAGGGAAGAAAAUACUGUUUGUGGGAGACUCUCUGAGCCUGAACCAGUGGCAAUCUCUUACAUGCAUGCUGCAUGCAGCACUGCCCCAAUCAAACUUCUCCUUGAGCAGGACCGGCAGCCUCUCCACAUUUUAUAUGCCGGAGUACAACAUCUCAUUGAUGUUGUCUAGAAACGCGUUUCUGGUUGAUCUGGUUCUUGAUAAGAAAUUAGGCAGAGUUCUGAAGCUGGACUCCAUCCAAAAUGGCGACUUUUGGAAAGGGUUUGAUAUGCUUAUAUUCAACACGUGGCACUGGUGGCUUCACAAAGGAAACCAGAAACCAUGGGACUACAUCCAACAAGGUGAUAAAGUGUAUGAAGACAUGGAUCGGUUGGUUGCAUUCGGCGAAGGACUGAGAACUUGGUCCAAAUGGGUGGAUUCCAACGUUAAUCCUGCCAAAACUAAGGUUUUCUUUCAGGGCAUAUCUCCUACUCAUUACAAUGGUACAGAAUGGAAUGCAUCAAGGACAGGAUCAUGCAAUGGAGAAACUCAACCAAUCAGUGGGGGGGUGUACCCCGGAGGAACGCUGCCGGCAGUGGCAGUGGUGAAGGGGGUGCUGAGUAACAUGACGACGGGGGUGCGGUUGCUGGACGUGACAACAUUGUCGGAGUUAAGGAAAGACGGGCAUCCAUCAGUGUAUGGAAUCGGUGGGCAGAGGGGGAACGACUGCAGCCAUUGGUGCCUUGCUGGUGUACCAGAUACCUGGAAUCAGUUGCUCUAUGCAAUUUUGGUUACUGAUGCAAAAUCAAAGAUUUAAGUAAUUUGAUUCAUGUUUAAUUACCCUCUUAUAACUGCAUAAAUAUGCAAUGGAUUUUUCAUUCUAUA